AUGGUCAGUCAGUACGAGGUGUCGCUGGAUAGAGGGAUUCGCGUACUGGACGUCUACAAGCAAUACUUCAAGGAACACAGUAAGGAGGAAGAGGUCCCCAUGGUGGUCGUGUCCAAGGAGUCCUCUGCGAUACGCGAGCUAGAAGCUGUGAUCAAUAACAAAGGCAAAGUCAACUGCAUCAUCGACCCCGGCUCCAGUAUCAUCUCAAUGUCGGAGGGCGUAUGUCAUGCCUACAGCAUCCCAUACAAUGACACCUUCAAGCUCCCCAUGCAGUCCGCAAACGGCAAGAUCAAUCAUACGCUCAGACUCGCGUGUAACGUCCCCUUCAAGCUCGACACCAUCACUUUCUAUUUGCAAGUGCAUGUCAUUCGCAGCCCCGCCUAUGACGUUCUCUGGGGUCGCCUCUUUGACAUUCUCGAUGAAACACUAGUAUAG